AUGCCAGCACAAUCGACUCUGGCGUUGGUGCUCCUUGCACUGGCUGCAGCUACGCAGAUAACUGACUGCGUUGGUGCAUCCCUCGUUCGAGACGACUUGAAAGAGGUCGCAACACCGCGCGGAUCCCCCAUCGAUGCAAGCGCCAUGCAGACAAUUCUGCAUGGCGUUCAGCAUGAAGAGCCCGAGUCUCUCUACCUCCUGGCGAUGAUGAAGUUCUACGGCCACGGCGUUGAGCAAAGCUUGAGUGCUGCGGUGACGUUGCUGGGGAGAGCGGCGGAGCGUGGCCACCGCGACGCCGAGUUCGCCUUGGGCGUGCUGUACGGUCGAGGAGAGGGCGUUCCCCGCAGCGACAGCCUGAGUGCCUCGUGGCUCGCCAAAAGUGCUGUACGCGGACACACUGAUGCCAAGUGGAUGCUCGCCAUAAUGUACAAUGAAGGACGCGGUGUGGCUGAAGACGUGGACCGCGCCGUGGAGCUGCUGCAGGAGGCUGCGACCUCCGGGAGUGAUCAAGCGAAGUUUCAUCUUGGAGUCAUGUACGAGUACGGUCGUGGUGUGAGGCAGAACUUCAAACAGGCUGCGGAAUUGUACCAGCAGGCGCACGAACACCAGGUGGCCGAUGCGUCCUACUACCUCGGCCUGCUAUACACGCAGGGUCGAGGCGUUGAGCCGAGCUUCGAUCGCGCGCGUGAGUAUUUCCAACAGGCUGUCGAACUCGGCAGUGCUCAAGCCAUGUACGCCUUGGGGCAAAUGCACGCACACGGCCAAGGCUCCGGUGUGGACUACUCGCAGGCGCUCUACUGGCUCAAGCGCGCAGCUCAGCAAGACGACAUCCGCAUUAGCGAGACGGUACGCACUGUGGCCGACGAGAUCGAGUUUGUGCUAAGUCAAGCUGAGCUGCAGGUGCAGGCUAGCGAACGGAUGCUGGGAGUUCCGAUCCGCGUCCAAAUUGGCACCGUGGAUGGUCACUGA